CAUACCAGACGGUUUCAGUCGAGAAAUUCAGUACGGUUUGAAUUUUAAGAUUUAAAUUGUUUGGAAUCGUUAAAAUUACUUUGAAAUCAUGUCAUCAAUUGGACAAAAAAGAGUUAUUAAACGUCUUAUGAAGGAUUUGGAAGAGUUGAGAGAGAAUCCUAUUUCAAACAUCUCUGCUGAACCACUAGAUGAAAAUUUCCUUGAAUGGCAUUGUAAUUUUGUACACAAUGGAGACGUUUAUCAUAUAAUACUCUACUUUCCUGAAUGCUAUCCAUUCAAAUCACCUUCAGCUGAAUUUAUGCCUAUGGGCUAUCAAUUCACUGGUGGUGCUGCCAGUCAGGGAAAGAAAGGCACUAAGGUUUGUUUGUCGAUCUUUUCCGAUUUCGAAUAUAUCCACACAGAAUGGGCCGAUGAAAAGUCAGUUGGAUGGUCACCCAGUUAUACUGUUCAAACUGUUUUACUAAAUUUAUUGGCUUUUAUAAUUGAUAAUGAACGAGAUGGUUCCUCAAAUGCAAAUGUUCGCUUGACAAAGGGUUUUAAAUGUUCUGAUUGUGGGCACAGCUACGCAAAACCAUUUCCCCCUCUACCAGAAGAAGCCUCGAGUAAGUCAGCUUCAGCUUCGAGAACCGUGGUUGUCGAUUAUAUAUCAAAGAUCAAAUUGAACCCGAAAGAAAGACCUAGGAAUGAGAGCGAAUUGUUUGGUUAUGGCAUAAUUAUAGAAGGACAAAAUCGUAAUAUUCAACUGACAUCUCCAUGCGAAUACUUGUUAGCCGAUUCAUAUUAUUCGAUGCUGAAAGAUACUGGCUCGGUUACAUCCAUGAUGAAGGAAAAAUUACAGUACUUUCUCCCACUGUUUAUAAAUCCAAUACAUGGACAGAAUUUAAAGCCAACCUUUGAAAAAACAGUUAAAGCUUUAUCAACUAAGCUGCAAAUGGAAGAUGACAUACACAAAGCUAUUAUAAAGCUCCUAUCGAAUCUUAUGAAUUCAACUGUUGUUCAAUUCUCAAAGUCAAAAGUCGCUAGUGAACACCAUUUGAACGGCUACUUUGCUCUGCAUAGAUUACUAUUAUGGGCUUGCGACACCUAUCCAAAGCUUCGACCCAUGAUGGAGCAAAGAAUUGAAAAUUUUAUUGGAAAACCUGAUCAUAGACAUAAGAGUAUGUGUCCAAAUAUUGGCGAAUGGUUGAUAAUGUUGGCUGGAAGUGAAAAGUAUAGGUGGGGAAAUGUAAACACUCAUGUAAUUGAGGAAUGCUGGAAGAGAAAUGUAAUGUGGUACUUAAAAGAUCAUUCUAAAUUAGGUGACCCUUCUGUUGAUCGAGAUUACAGAUUAUCUACCACUUUCCAAGCUACCCAGGUUAGCCAAAAGUUGAUUGCAUUUCAAGUAAUUUUCUUGGAUGUUGCAAUGCCAGGCAACAUGCCAAUAAAUAAUGUUAUACAAAGAUAUGACGAAAACAAUGGAUUUCCUUCUGAAAGCAUGAUGAAGGAAAUUAAAGCAAGAUUCAAAGGUCUAGAAGAAAUAAAAAACUACGGUGAUUGGUUCAAUGUAUUAAACAUGAAACCACCGUCUAAGGACACCGUUUUCUCUUUAUUAAAGAAAUCUGUUAAAUAUGCUGGAGAAACACAGGGUUAUUAUUUCAAUAAUUCUGCUAGAAGAGAUCAGGGAAGGUAUAAUGAUAGAAAUAGACAUCAAGACAGAUAUAACUCAGGAAGAUAUGGAGGAGCAGGAGCAAGACGCUAUUAA